AUGUAUCUUUAUUAUAAAAACAUAAACCAAAAAUUCUUAGCCAUACUCCUCACACAUUCGCUUGCAUUCUUUAAAUUUCUCCUAAUAAAACAUACAAAUAUGAACGGAGUUCAAUAGUAAUUCAUAAAUAGCGACCAUCUCGCCAAAAUUCUCCUACUUGGGAACUCAAGUGUAGGGAAAUCAUGCCUCUUGCUUCGCUAUACUGAGAAUCGUUUUAAUGAAGCUUUUUAUUCAACUAUCGGUGUUGAUUUUGUAAACCCUAAUUAGAAAGUCAGGACAAUUGUAAUGCGGAAUAAAUCAAUAAAAAUGCAGAUAUGAGACACAGCUGGCCAGGAAAAGUUUCGAUCAAUUACGUCACAAUAUUACAGAGGAGCUCAUGGGAUUAUGAUGAUUUUUGAUCUCACAAACAAAGAUUCUUUCAAUGAUCUCGAUGCGUGAAUUCAAGAAAUUGAAAGAUAUGGAGGUGAGAAGCUGGCAAAAGUUUUGAUUGGAAAUAAGUGUGAUCUAGAAGAUAAACGAACGAUCACCUUUGAAGAGGGGAAAGCAUAUGCUGAUAAAUUAGGGAUGCCUUACUUUGAAACUUCAGCGAAGGAUGCUGCAAAUAUUGAUGCAGGGUUUGUGAAGUUGGCUGAGCUGAUAAUAGCGAUGGAGAAUCGAAUUGAUAAGAAAAGGUCAAUUGUUGAAAAUCCUAAAAAAAGUUCAUGCUGCAUGUAA